UUGUUCAAAAGCGCCUGCAGGCCGGAGAGAGAGAGAGAGAGAGAGAGAGAGAGAGAUGCAGACGCAGAAGCAGGGAGGAGAGCAGCUACAAACACUGAUGCAGGCAGGCCAAAUCUCUGGAAGCCUGAGCUUCAACGGAACCCUAACGAAGGAAGACGAAGAGAUGUCAAAGUCGGCUCUCUCCACCUUCAGGGCCAAGGAAGAGGAGAUUGAGAGGAGGAAACUGGAGGUUAGAGAGAGAGUUCAGGCUCAGCUUGGUCGAAUCGAGGAGGAAACCAGGCGUUUGGCCACCAUUCGCGAGGAGCUCGAAUCAUUAACGGAUCCAAUGAGGAAAGAAGUCUCAGUUGUUCGUAAGAAGAUCGAUUCAGUCAACAAGGAGUUGAAACCACUGGGACAGACUUGCCAAAAGAAGGAGAGGGAGUACAAAGAAGCUCUAGAGGCUUUCAAUGAAAAGAAUAAGGAAAAAGUACAGCUAAUUACCAGACUAAUGGAGCUUGUCGGCGAAAGCGAGAGGAUGAGGUUGAAGAAGUUGGAGGAGCUGAGCAAGAGCAUAGAAAUGGUGCGCUAAGAGCCACAACCCAAACGCUGAUUACUAACGGGGACCUUGUGAUGUACUUAGGCUGAUUUACCUUGCUGUUUAAAUUAAAUCUGUGGGUGUCUUUGGCUUGUAUUUUGAUGGUGUUUCAUGUCUGCUUUAUUAGUAAUGGUAGCUUUUUUAUUGUAUUUUAUUUUAUUAUUUAUUCUGUUGAAGAAUUUGCUGAUCCGGAAAGGGUAAAGGUACCCUCUAGACAGGUUUGUAAUUGUAACAGGGGUCUCAUAUAUAUCUGGACCUGUUGUUCUCA